CUCGAACGACAUCAAGCCGUAAUUAUCAGCCAGCUAGUCAUACUCAAACCAGACAACAAGCCAUGCCUUCGCCGGCCACCAUCGCCACCCUUCGGCGCCUCGAGAUAAUCGCCUUCCCGCCCGCCUUCAUCCUCCUCGUAGCCCACGGCAUUGCCUCCCAGUUCGCCUUCCCCGCUCUGGGACUCCUCCCUUUGGCCGCUUCGGGCAUUCUAGCAGCUUUCAUUCUUAACCGCGACGUCGUGGCCGCCAUCGGCUCCCCGAUCCAGUCACUCUCCGAGUCCAAUAUCUUCUGGGCCGACUGCCUCCUCGCCGUGCUCCACCUAUCCUUCCUCAUUCCGAGCUGGGCCCUCUUGGCCCGUGCCUGGCCCGACCCUGUCAUCGUGCUGGGGACUUACUGCACCGUCUUCAUGAUGUUUGACCUCGGCGUUCAUCUUUUCAUUGCUCUACCCCAGGCUGUUCAUAUUCUCAUCAGUCAGAGCUGCAGCUGCCCCCACUGCCGAUCCGUCGCCAAGGCCGGCUACUUCUCCUCAACCGUUUCCGAGUACACGCCUCUCAGCGACGCUGAUGAACCCGAGAUCGUUGCUCGCGAUCUUGAGGAGGGCGGAGACGCUCGUAUCUGAGAGGGCGUAGUCGAGACAUGCAGCAGCCCACGGCCAUCCUCCGACAGAAACCAGCCUCUGUCAGGACAGAGCCCGAACGUAGGAAGGGGAGGUAUGCGGACAUGAUAUUAUAUGAUAGACAAUGAACUGGGAACGGUUUUGAGGCGUUAGAAAUUUGUUACAGAUUGAAUGACAAGGUAUUUUCGUCG